UGUAUAUAUAUAUGUAUAUCGAGCGAUUACGCAUUACCAACGCUGAAAUUCACGCUGCUUGUCAGUGCCAGCUGAGCGUCGAUAGGGGCAAGUAUUUACGGCAGAAGCCAUACUUGAAGAGUGUGCAUCACUAUACGGUGUUGGAAUUCUAUAUACAUAAGAAAAAAAACGCUUCUCGCUACAAUAAAUCAUGGAUUUCGACAAGUGUUAUAUCGAGAUUUUACAGCUUGUGAAGCAGGCUGGUUCGAUUAUCAAUGAAAAGAUUCAUCAAUACAAAGAUAUACUUACAAAAUCGUGCGACAUCGAUUUGGUAACAGAAUGGGAUCAAAAGGUAGAGAAACUUUUAAUCGACGGAAUAUUAUCCAAAUAUCCUGAUCAUAAAUUUAUCGGCGAAGAAAGUAUUGCUGCGGGCGAAAAGAUAGAAUUAACAAAUGCGCCAACUUGGAUAAUCGACCCAAUCGACGGCACAAUGAAUUUCGUUCACGGUUUACCACACACAUGUAUAUCGGUUGCGUUGCUUAUUAAUAAAACGACGGAAAUAGGAAUAGUAUAUAAUCCGAUUUUGAAUCAACUUUUUACCGCUCGUAAGGGUCAGGGCGCUUUUCUUAAUGGCGCCCCAAUUCAUGUAUCUAACAGAAAAGAAUUGAAUAAAUCACUGCUGCUGGUAGAAAUAGGAACUAGCAGAGAUCCGGAGAAGGUGGAAAUAAUAUUGCAAAAUGUAAAGAUCCUUAUACCACGUGUUCAUGGAUUGCGAUCGUUUGGUUCAGCAGCUUUGGAUAUAUGCAUGGUAGCUCUUGGUGGUGCUGAUGCUUAUUUCGAAUUUGGUAUACACGCAUGGGAUAUUGCAGCUGGAGAUCUUAUUGUUCGAGAAGCAGGCGGUGUAUCGAUAGAUCCAGCAGGAGGUCCAUUUGAUGUGAUGAGCAGAAGAAUACUGUGCGCAUCAUCGACUGAAUUAGCUCAAGAACUUUCCAAAAUAAUAAUUCAAUUUUAUCCAGAACGAGAUUAAGAAAUUUAAAUUGUGUAGUGGUACAAUAGACGAGGAAGAAUUUAUAUUUGUGCAAAUGUCAGAUUGGAUCAUUGAAGAUGACGCAAACGUUUUAAAAGCAAAAAAGUAAAUUAAAAAAUUAUAUAUAUAUAUAUAUAUAUAUGUUUGUACGUAUAUAAAAGGUUAUAAGGUAUAUAUGCGACUUUAUUUUAGAGUCAGAAAAUAUCGAGCUAAUUAUUAAUUCAGUUCCAAAUUGUUUAAUUUAUAAAAUAAUUUGAAAACAACGUGAAAUAAACUUAUUUAUGUACUUAUAUAAUUUAUAAAACCAAUAGUUUAUGACAUGUUUGUGGAUAAAAAUCUAUAUAAAAAAAGAAUAUAUGUUUACUGAUUACUAUAUAUGUACUGAUUACUAAUUCAAAAUUAUUACUUAAAUGAAAAUAAUU